CAUCACCUCACAGCCAUGGCCUUCAUCGCCAACAAGGUCGCACGCGGCUUCAUCGAGCGCAACGCCAAGCAGUACGAGCCCGUCGACCCGUUCUACGAGUACUACGUCGAUGCCUCGGGCAAGGAGAAGCGCAGAAAGCGCCCGCCGCCGCCUGGCCUGACAAAGGAGGAGGCGAAGCUGCUGCGCAAGAUCUCGCGCCGCGCCCACUACCUCGACAAGGGCUUCCACAUCUGCGGCUUCAAGUUCGGCUGGACAUUCAUCAUCGGCAUCAUCCCGGGCGCCGGUGACAUCGCAAGUGCCGGCCUCAACUACACGCUCGUGCUGAAGCCCGCUAAGAAGGGCGUCGACUUGCCUGACUGGGUCGUGCACCGCAUGGUCGUGAACAACGCAGUCAGCGCUGGCAUUGGCUUCGUGCCGCUUGUGGGUGACAUUGCACUGGCCAUCUGGCGUGCCAAUUCGCGCAACGCAAAGCUGCUGGAAGAGUUCCUGCGCGUCAAGGGCGAGGAGCACAUUCUCGCCGGCCUGCCAGGCCUGACCACCGAGCAGCCGCUGCCCCCAGGUGCGCGCUCCAAGGAUGGUGGCACUGCGCCGGAGCAGCACCCCGCGCAGGCAUCGGCCAAGGAGUUCGUCAAGAGCAACAGCUCGAACAACCUACAGCCGGGCGGCGCUCAGGCGGCCGCACGCAAGUGAGCUGCCACCCGUCUCCCUGCCGACUGCUGCUCUCCGCAUACCCGGGUCUUCGUCGCGUUGCCUCACCGCGGACUCUGCUCCUGAAUCGCUCUGCGCUUGAUAAUCGUCGCUGCUCAAUGAUAUACCUCUCCCUCGGC